UAAAAGAAAAAUUACACAUAACCUAACUUUUUGACCUACUUUUUUUCUAGACCCCAAAAGUAUUUAAAAUAUCUUUAAAAUAUUCAAUAAUUAAAUGAGAUAUUAUGACUGAAGACAACAAAGCUGACGAUAAUAAAAACACAGACAAAAUUAAAGAUGAAUGGAUGAUAAGAGACUGCAGUAUUUACGAUGAGGAAUAUUCAGAUUGUACGUCCAUUAAAGCCAGAUUUAACCAACUUUUUAUUUUCGGCAAAGUACAGGAUUGUAUACAAUGGAAAAAAGACUCGGACAAUUGUUAUAAGUUCUGCAAUGAUAAUGACCUCACGGCAGCGGCCCAGUUAAUACAAAGUGAAAAAAAUCGCAGAAAAGAAAGACUUCUAUCUCACUUAAAGAAUAAUGUUUGGACAAAAAGGGACGGGCCACCUAAAAACUGGGAUUCCCCGCUACCGAAACGCCUUCAAGAGCAAUACGAAGGAUCAUAUUUAGCUCUUAAAUCAAAGGAAAUGAAGGGAGAAAUUGAACCUGCCUAUGACCCUUUUUUUCGAUCAUGUACAAUCUUAUGAUAGCAAUAUUCAUUUAAGUAUAGUAAAAUUUUGUAAAUAAUAGAUGUCUAUAAGUAGAAAACAUUUA